AUGUCACCUAUUAAAGUUGCAUUUCUAGGUCCAGAGGGGACCUAUACCCAUCAAGCCGUGAUUCAACAAUUCGGUACAGACAUAACAGCUCUUCCCCAAAAAACAAUUGGAGAUUGUUUUGAAGCCAUAAAUAACCAUGACGUCAACUAUGCAAUUGUUCCAUUCGAAAACUCCACCAAUGGACAAGUUGUUUUCACAUAUGAUCUUUUACGUGAUUGGUAUCUCUCACCAACAACAUCGUCAUCACCACCUCCAAGUUUCAAGAUAGUAGGUGAACAAUACGUCUCCAUCCAUCACAACUUUCUAACAAAUGCCAAAUCGAUUGAUGAUAUAACUACCAUAUAUUCCCAUCCACAAGUCUGGACUCAAGUCACAAAAUUCUUAGCGGGUAUCAAAAAGAAUAUUGUCAAAAUUGACGUUGGGUCAACUUCAAAAGCAGCAGAAAUGGUAAGUCAAGAUAAAACCAACUCGACUGCAGCAAUUUCAUCAAAGAUGAGUGCUGUCUUAUACGGACUACCAAUGAUGCAUGAAAGUAUUGAGGAUAAUGUGACAAAUACCACCAGAUUCUUAGUCUUGGGAUAUGAUUAUCCACCUUCCCCACCUCCACCUUCAAAAGAAGAUAACCCAGAUCAGAUUGAUCAAGAAGAAGGAACAAUGAUAACAUCAUUGAUGUUUACAAUCGAUAAUGAAUCAAACCCAGGUUCUCUUUGUGAUGUGUUGCUUAAAUUCAAAACCCAUGGAAUCAAUUUGACAUCGAUUACAUCACGUCCUGCUGGUAAUUUGAAUCAACCAUGGACAUAUGUGUUCUUUGUUGAGUUAUUGGGACCACUUAAAAAUGAAGAUAAGGUUUGGGUUGAUGAAUUGGGGAUUCAAGGACUGAAGGUGGUCGUGUUAGGGUCAUUUAAACGUAGUUGGAGAUAUGAAGCAAGUUUGAGAAAACCCACAAUAAGAGAAUAG